AUGUCAAGAACUGAUUUUUCUUUGGUGGACAGAAUACUGACCAACACAGAAAAAAAUCAAAUGAAUACAGUGGAUCGGGCCAUUUAUAAUACAAAGUAAGUCUCCAGAUAUUUGUUUUUGAUUGUUGUAAAAACUGUGGUUUAGCAUCUUUUGAGCUGUCAUUAGCCACAUACAAGUUAGUGAGUGUAAUUCUUAUACUUUAUGAGUCAAAGGAUGCCUUGUGCCAAUCACAUAAGCCAGGGUUAGGCUUGGAAUUGAUGGAGCCAUUAUCUUCACAGCCCUACAUCUGAUAUAUCAUCAAAACUAUUUAUUAUAAAUUUAUACACCAUUUAUAUACUCUCCAACAAUGUGAUCUACAUUUCAGUCAUUUUAUCUCUUGCUGCCCCUCUUUAUUACAGGAAGAAACGAAUCACCAAUUACAUAAAACAGGUGUGGCCACCAGGGUCCCCGGCACCACAGUUUCAAAAUAACCUAGAAGCCACCAAAAGAAUGCUUGCUGUUGUUGACACGCUGGCCAAGGACGAGGAGUUUACUUUAGGAAGACUUGGGUUGGAAAGAAAUGCAAUAAUGCAAAUUAUCAGAAAGCAUAUGGAUGAGCGACGGCGUAAGGAAUCUGAGCAGCUGGAAGCGACUGGCAAACUGUUUCCUGUGAGUGGCAGUGAAAGUGAUACCACAAGUAAUGUGAGUGGAGACAGCCCAGAAAGUGAUGAGGGAAAGUCAACUAAAUUAGAGGACUACUACAACACAGGUGAGCCAUAUAUGUAUAUUUCAGAUACCUUUGUGGUAUAUUUUGUGUUGUGAUAAUUAGUUUAUCAUUUCAAUACGUUAUCAGUUUUUUUCAGAGCCACCAUAAGUUUGUGACCUUAAAAAUUAUAUAGCUCUGUAAUCUAUGUACAGAUUUUUUUAAAUAAAAUUGGUAAAUGCUCUUUGGUGACCAUUAAACAAAAAAAAGUUAAACUAAAGAAAAGUCACUGUAGCUUUUGAGUUAUUAGUGUCAAAAGGUAAAAGUAGGGUAAUUUUAAGCACCUUUUGGAAUUUCAUUUUAUUCAUUGCCAGUUCAUGUGUCUAUAUACUAAGGGUCUUUUCUGUGUUUCAGAGCUCACUUUAUCAUCAGCAGAAACCAUUAUUUUGGUAUGGCUGGAAAGAACAGCCAUCAAUGAUGUACACGUUAUCAAGGACCUGAAACCAGUUGCCAAAAAUCUUAAACUGAAACUGCUGAGGAACAAAGACAAAACUGCUCACAUCUGCGCUAUUGCUAGUACCCUUUUAAAACAGGGGAAGGUUAAG